GAAUCUUUGAAGGCAAAAUGCCUGACAAGUCUGAGAUUGAGUUCGUGCAUCUUAACGGGAAAUCAAUUUCAAAAAUAUGCACUGCCAGAGGCGUGAAAAUCGACGGGCAGUUCUUAAAAGACAGCACCCGGACAGUCAUAUACGUACGGCCGAAAAAGAAUUAUUCCUCAUCUGAUUCAUCAGAUUCUGAUUCGUCAGAUUCGGAUAAGUUGAAUGAUCCCAUAUUUUUACCUAAAAAAACUGCAGCUGGUAGUUCAAAGCGCAAAGUAUCUCGUUCAGAUGAUUGUGUAUCAGUACCUAAAAAGUUACGAGCGCAUGGCUCAAAGCCUCAAGUCAACACUCCGUCGACUCAAGAGCCAGGAAUACUGUUCCGUGAUGGGCGUUAUUAUUGGGUUGACGAGGACGGUCAUGAACACCUCCUUGAUGAUAAUACUUCUACUGACGUUCAGGAAAUAACAAAAAAUAAUAUUGCGGAAGGCAAUGUCAACACCCAAAAAAGUUUUCAACAGUCCCUACGGGACUACCAAAGUCGCAUUUCUCCCACUGUACUUAACAUUGUUGUAGCCCGUAGUACAGCCCUCAAUGAAUUGUACUCGUACCUCGAUGAUAAGGAAUUUUCAUGUUUAUCAAAUUUGUCUGUACGGUUCAAGAAUGAGAAAGGUGUUGGGUCUGGAGUUAAAAAGGAGCUAUUAUCUGUGCUUUUACAACAACUGAAAGCAUCUCUACUUUUAGAAGGAAAUGAGUUCCGAAAAACAUUCGUUAGUUCUCGACCUGCGGAACGAAAUGGCGAAUAUUUUAAAGUGGGACAAAUAAUAUCAUUAGUUUUACUCCAUGGAUGUCCAGCCCCUACAUUUUUUUCGGAAAUUUUCUGGAAACUUUUAAUGGACGAAGAAAUCACGGAGGUGACCUUAGAUGAUUUACUGAAUGAAACAGUGCGUUCACAAAUAAUGGCUGUUUUGUAAAGCGGAGAAUCAUCAGCUCUAAUCAACGCAGUUUAUGUCGAAUGUGACAUUUUUAAAGCUGCUCGUACCCACGAGCAAAUCAUAGGCCCUGACCCUGUUUUAAAACGGGAUGAAGCCAUAAAAGGUCAUUUCUAAUCUCUAAAAUAUUUUUUUUUUUUUUCUAUUAAAAUCUGUGUCUCCCUGAACAUCUUUAAAAACUGAGACCAUUUGUCUUUACCUCUGUUUUUCUGUGUAUUCACUAGCUGAAAAGACUAUCAAAAUAGUGUAUGGAGUGUUAAAACUUGUGACAGCCUUGUAAAAUUAUACUGAAAAUUAUUUACCUACAAUUUCAAUGGAAGAACCAAUAAAUUAUCAACGGGUCAGUUGCGUUAGUCACAGGAUCGUGUUUGGAUGGUUUAACAUUUUAAACCAGCGAAAGUCAAUUAAAUCAGUCCAAACGCCAAAUUUCUACAUCCAAUAUUAACAGAGAUGUUUUCCAUCAAAAAACACAGUGAAUAACAUCAUUCAUUGUGAUAGUGCUAUAGUGGUUUCUUUCACUUGAUUUCAUUUGUGUUUGAUAGGUGAAACUAUCAUAUAAAAAACGGUGGUAUAUACUUAUUACUGGAUUGGAUGACAUGCGUCUUAUUUUUCGAUGAGUCAUACUUCCGCGGAAAUUGGGCAAAGAAACCAAAUGUUUGAUCAGACCUUAUCAGUUUUGGCUAAUCUAUGAUCUUAAAUCAUCAAAACAUGAUUCCAUGAUUACCGCAACUGACCCGUUGCUAAUUCAGCUGCAAUUCUUUUCAUUUAAACGACCAGCAGACAUAGAUUUGAGAGAAAUUACAAAUUCCUAGCAGGAAAAUGGAGAGUCCUUAAUGAUUGGUAGUCGUCUGGUGAAGUCAGUAUGUUACAAUUUCUGGUGACAAGUUGUCUUACCAGGACUUUAUUUUUUAUUUUUCAAAGGAAAACUAGUCAACAGUUUCUACUGAUGAAAUUUUCUGCGAAUUCUCUUCUCUCAUUCUGUACAAAUCACACAACAUUGCAAGAGAACAUUUUAGGAGAAACUGGAAUCGCUUGAAUGUGGAAGUCAUUGGUCUGAUGCCUGAAUUAUGCCCUUCUCCCGCCAAAUUCAAGAUACCAAUGAGGAUCAGACCUCAGCAAUUAUCAGUUUGUCUGAACUAAUCAAAUAGAUUUGAUACAAUUCUGGAUGAAAAUAACUCGAAUUUACGAAAUUUCAGCUGUUCAGUGAUGAUUGUUUACUCCCAUAUUCAGCUGCCAAACUCAGUGUAUGAUUUCGGCUUAAAACAAACUCAAACAUUCAUAAAAAGUUCUCUCCUAUCUAGCAUUUCUUGGAAAGCUUGGAAGAUUAUCGAUCUCUGGAAAUGUGUAGUGAGAAAUAUAAUGUCAAUUUUUUUUUUCCAAAUAAUAAGUUGGUUUCACUAUUAUCCCUUUUUCUCAGAUGUUUUACACUACUACUGCAUUGAAGUAUUGAAAGGUCCCAUCAAUCAAUUUCGAAUGGGUCUAAACAAAGAAGUUCCUUUCGUGUCAGCCUUCAAACAGGAUCCUGUACAAGCCAAAAAGUUGUUUUGUUACUCUCCAGAUGUUCACUUGACAGCAGCUACUGUCAGGAACCUCUUUGUAGGGAAGCUGUCCUCAACUCACGAUUGAGUAAUUUAUAAUUACUGGUUACAAUAUGUAGACUUCCUUCAAGAUCAUGGAACUGAGUAACAUAAUCUGCACCGUUUGCUUCAGCUAGCAACUGGUCUCAGCGAUGUCCCUCCGUUAGGCUUUCGACUCAACCGACCAACUGUUUCCGUCAAAGAAUUGUGUUUUCCGAAAAGUCAAACCUGUUUUAACGAAUUGUAUUUGCCUGGUUUGGUAACAAAUUAUGAGGAAUUCCAAGCAUGUAUGGAAAUUGGCAUGGACAUAAUGGAAUUGGAUGAUGUGUAAUUGCUCUGUAAGCUACAUUGAACUGCACUUU